GCGGAAACGGAAAUACCUAUCAACCAGUCUUCGUUAUUGUAGUUUUCCCAGAGAAAUUAAAGUUUUAUUGAAUAUUUUAGUUACAACACACUUAUUAUAUGUCGAGGAUCUAACAAAAAAGGCGUAAACUAUUCACGCCUGCUUACGAAUAUUGUUCUAGGAACUGUUAUUAUCGCCCAUCAAAACAAAAAUGUAUCACGGUUGGUCAUCCGUAAAUCGUUCACUUCAAAAUAAGGAUGCCAGAGAGAAGAGCGUGUUAAACCAUUUUAAAGGCGAUACAGGAUUAAAGAUGGUAUGCGAUUUAGUAUCAGAAUCUGGUAAUUCGGACCUCGAUGGACUCAGUGAUGAACAACAUUUUAAUUGGAUCGCCCAAGUUCUUCUCUACGGUGUAAAGAUGCCGCUGAAGAAUGGAAUAGAAAAAGAGACAGUUCAUAAAUGCGUGGAAGUAUAUAUGGAUUGGUUAAGAAGGAUAAGUUUAGAUCGUGCUUACGAAUCAGCCACAAAUUUAAAACAUUUUUUAGCCGAGGAUCCGAAUAUUUAUUGUCAAAUGAUACUCAAACAUCUUUUUCACGUUUUUGUCUCUCAUCCUCAAGAAAAUCCAACGGAUAGGCAAGAAAUUUGUCGUUACGUUGUUGAAAACGUUGAAAAGUUGUUAGGAAAAUGGAAUAAUCUGAUUUUAAAUAGAGCUACUCACGAAAGUAUUUUACAAUUCUUUUUAUCGGCUGCGAACGUUCUUUUAGCACCACCGGCUAUACCAGGAGAAAUUACCCUGGGUACUCUUUUAAGAGAAACUAUUACCGGAGCGUUAUUCAGAAGCUGGGCAAUAAUUUGUAGCCGACAUUUUCCAACGCCUCCUUAUUGGAAGACAUUCAGGGAAUUAUGCGCCACUUGGCGGCACCACGAAGUGUUAAUAAGAGAAUGGGAUAAGAUUAAUGUUGCCUUAUUAACUAAGUUACUACCUGUUAUGUUUGGUAACGAUUUCCCCCUAUUAAACGUUGAUCAGGAAAAGAAUGAAUAUUUAAAAUGGCACCUGUUGGACACAAUGAGCGAUGAAUGUAUAAAACAAUGCUUCUUUCGUUUUCUCCAUAUCUUAUCAAAUCCUGUUGAUUUGAGUAGACCGGAAAUUAUUGGGAAAACUCCAGAAAUGAACGCCUAUUUUAAUAACGUUUUUGCCGAAUCUGCCUUUCAACACGUGGAUUCGUCGAAGGAAAAGAACUGUUUAGACGAAUUACCUAAUAUUUAUCAUCUGGCAAUAAGUUCUAUAGCCAGACUACUAGACGCCUUUCUGGGCAUUUCGGCAAUAAAUAAAGAUUCGGAUAAUGAAUCUAAUGUAUCUAUUGGAAUUCCUACUGCUAAAACUCCACCGUUAUCGAAGAAGAAAUCACCGGGAAUUGUUCAAUUGGAUAAAGAUAAAAGUUCAAAAUCAAAACUAAAAGGUUCAACAACCAAUAAAUCGUCUCCAAUUACCCAAAGUUCUACUUCUACUUUUUUAAAUAUUAGUCUGGAAAAUAAAACUUCAUUAACACCUAAACGAGCAACGGUAAACAGUAUCAUGAAUCUACUAGGGGCGUGGCUAAUUGAAGCGGCUACAACUGGUGUUAAAAUAUACGGAGCUGGUAAUGUUACUGCUACUCGCCAUCCGUCGCUUCCGCAUCGGCUACGACAUGCUUCUGUAUCUUCGUGUGAUACUGCAGAUGGAGAAUCCGAGGCGGAAACAACCAUUUCUGGAUACGAAGCCGGUCGAGCCGAAGCUUGUGGAGCCCUCUGCCGUUUAUUUUGCUCCGCUAGAACGGGAGAGAAAAUCUUAGAAGAGUAUUUGGCUAGGUUCUAUAUAUCGUUAUACUAUGGUUUAUAUGUAGAAGAUAAGCAUAAACCAAUCGAACCUGGCCAGAGUCAGGUUAUUGCGUCAAUAAUAUUUAAUUCGCCGAAUCUCUUUCAAGUCGAUUUACAAGGAGUAUCUGUCCUCUUGCCUCAUAUUCUAUCUUCAAUGGAGUUAAUUUUAUCUAAUCAAAGACCAGUUAUAAGUGGUUACGAACACAUGCCUUUGAAUGCUUUAAGGAAAGCUUCAAUCAAUCUAUUAAUAUCAAUUCUGUGUUAUCCGCUACAUUUUAGAGAUUUACAAAUUAAAGAUAUAUUCGAUAGAAAAUCAGACAAAACUGUCACUUUUCUUUCGCUGAAGAAACGUAUGAUUGUCCUUUUAUUAAAGGCAAUUGAUAAAGAAACAUAUUCAUCUAAUAAUCAUUUAUUAUUAGCUGCCCUAGUUCUAUUCGUUCAAGACUUGGCUUUAGCCGAAGAGACUGAUGGUAUAGAAGCCUUAAAAUGUAAAGCUGAGAGUACUUCUUCUCUUUGGGAAGAAAGCGAUAGUUUUCAACAGUCUGCAGGAAGAAGCAGUUCGGCUGGUACUCCUGUUGACCUUGCUUAUAACAAGCGGGAAUCUUUCGAUGAUUCAGCCCAAGGAGUUUUCACAGAAAUCUGCACUUUGGUAUCAAAUCGCUUAAUACAGUCUUGGAAUACUGAUCUUGAAGUAUCAAUGGCAGCCAUAGAAGUUCUGUCCUCACUUUCGUCUGUAAGAUUAACUCAUGCAGACGAACAAUUGAAAGCCAUUUGUAAAAAAACAACAUUGCAAAUUUGCGAUUAUAUUCAAAAACAAUGUACAAGACCUACAAAAGAUCAUCAAAAGAGUUUACAUUCUGUUAUUGUUGCGGCUUUUCAUUGUCUAUCUGAUUGGGCAACCGAACAUUCGUAUCUUUUAGCCGACAAAGAAUGCUUACACGCCGUUAUGGAAACCGUUGAGUUGGGGGUUGCUGGAAAGAAAAGUGAUCAGGGAGAUAAGCUAGUCUUUAAAGAUGGGAAAGAUCUCUUCCCCGUUUCGAUGAGAGUAAAGGAUGCUGCAGAGGCUCUUCUUGCAUCUAUUAUGACUCACGUUGGCCAUUAUCCUCAGCCGACUGCGCCAGAGAGCGUCAGCAGCCUACUAGACGAAGCUAGUAUGCUAAGGUUAUGCAAUAAAGAAAAUUCUACACCUUUAAGAGAAUUCAAAUAUUUUGUGUUGGACGGAUGUGUACUAAUGUCGUUAUUGGAACAGCCUUUGGGUAAUGAUGAAGAACCCCUUCCAACACUAUCAGCGAUAUUUCGCGGAACUUAUGGUCGUUUUGCGUGGACUUUGCAACUGAGACACGUUCCUAAAAAUAAAGAGAAUUUCCCAUAUUCUCCCUCUGGCCAACAAGUGGAUAGACCACAACCUGUUGAAUCUAAAGAGGUCGAGGAGAAAAUUGCCGAUAAAUAUUUCCCUGACAGCGUUAACAACGUACCAUUAGUUGAAGCAGAUAAGAGUGUACCACCUUUGGAAAGUACUUUGCAAGAAGUUUCCAUCCAAUUACAUGAGGUUGAGAGGCAUAUCAAAGAACAGGAAAUACUUGAGAAGAAAAUUGGCAAAACCGAGGAGAAGCUUAGAAAAGAAAGACCUUUUCCAGAUUCUGAAAUAGCUUUUUCUCCUCCAGAAAUCAGAGAAGAGUUUCAGACUGUCAGAUUAUUUUUAUCUCAUUUUGGUUUCUUAACUCUUUCUCCUGAUAAAAAUAAAUCUACCGCAACUCCAUCAUUGGUAAAAUUAAACUCUAAUCAACCAGGAUUCGCAGAAGCCUUAGAAUCUUUAGAUAAGCUACCAACAAGGUCAACUGACACUCUACAUGUUUUUUAUCUGAAAAGCGGACAGAGGAGAGCUUCAGAUAUCCUUGGAAAUGUUGGUUCAUCUACAGAAACCGAUGGUGUAUUUUUGGAGCUGCUCCACAGUCUUGGUUGGCCGGUCAGUGUGAAAUCUCACGCUGGUUGGACAGGACAUUUGUCUACCUCAUUCCGAGUAGAACCAGAGAAGGAAUCAAAUAUAGCGGACAACAUAGCAAAAAAAACUGGAGCAUCUGAAUACGACGGAAGGAAUAAAGUUCUAUAUUGGGCAAAUUCAAGCAGCGAAUUAGCAAUAGUUGUACCUUCUAAGAGAACUUUUCAACCGUGCCCAUUUAGACAUAGCGCAGUUGAAUACUUUAAUUCUCCUCCGCACAUUGAAACAUCCCUAAAGUCAAGUAAAACUAUGAGCGUAGAUCUGGAAAGUGGUGAACCUUCUUUGAAAAGGGCUAACUUAAAACAACCUCAAAGUGAUAAUCUACGUAUUUUCUUAGUCUGGACAGAGUGCCUCGAAGAUUGUGAUUAUUUCCCGGCGGCAGAUUUUAUUCAAACAACUAAAACUGGCUUAGAACCGACGUCUGGUGGAAGUAUGAAAGCAACAUCCGCCUCAGAUGUCUACGCAAAGCAAGUUGGAGAGACAGCCGUAUUUAUUAUUUUCGUUCAUCCCUUAACUUCCGGUUUAUUCCGGAUACACCUGUCAAACCCCAAUAGAGGUAAUGAAAAGUGGUUUGGAACACCUCUGGUUGAUGGCAUGGUUGUAAAUAGAAGAGUUUUGGGUGUGUUGAUAAGACAAACUGUUUUGAACGCCUGCAGGAAAAAGAGAAUUGAUUCUGAUUCAAAACAAUAUUCAGCAGUAGCUAGAAAAUAUAAAUUAAAGGAUAUUCUAGAUAGAUUCCGAUGUUCAACAACAAAAGCGGAAUUAUAUACGUCUCUUUUUCAAGAUAGUCAAUAGAGGAAUACGCAAACAUUUCUCCAAGGAAUAUCUUCAUUACAAACAAUGAAAACAAUUCAGAUUCAUAUUUUUUUCGAGUGUUCAAUCGAAAUGCUUAUGAGAAAUCAAUUUUUGCAGUGAAUUUCGGUUUUUCCGAAAUAGUAGUGUUUAAGCAUAUAAUUGAGCAAUUAUUUUUUUUUUCAAUAAAUUUUUUCAUACGAGUAAACCAACUUUAGAAUGAGUUGGAAUUAUAUGGAAAAAA